ACUCAAAGGUGCUAAUUCGCACUCAAUGCAGAUGAAUGCGGUAUCUUUUGAAUUAUGAAUUAUAUAUACAAUGCUCAAAUGAACAGGAUCGUUUGUACAGCUUGCAAUUUCCUAAUCCGUUUGAAAUGGCAACGCAACUUUCUACACCUACAGCCAGCUGUUUUUAAAAACGUGGAUACAAAGCAAAUCCGGAAAAAUAUGGAAUUGGAAGCUACACCAAAUAAUAAAGUCACAACAGAUCCUUCGGCGGCAAGUGUUUGUAUACCUGAAAGGGUGAUAAAAGAGUGCAGUGCUGAAAUUGUUUCUGGAGGCAGCGUCUUUUACAAUCCAGUGCAAGAAUUUAAUCGUGACCUAAGUAUUGCCGUGCUUAAUGUAUUUGCACAACGCUUACGAAAGGAGAGGGAAACGGCAGCAUGCAAAAAUACAAAAGAUGUGGCAGAUGACGCUGUAAAGGGCGACGAUAGCGUAUGCACUGCUGGAGUGAAAUACGACAACGGUCUACGCAUAUUGGAGGCACUUUCUGCAACGGGGUUGCGUAGCAUUCGUUAUGCGAAAGAAAUAGUUGGUGUGCGAGAGAUUAUUGCCAAUGACCUUUCAAAGGGAGCAGUUGAUUCUAUACGUGAAAAUGUACGACACAAUGGCGUAGAAGAUAUAAUUGUUCCAAGUCAAUCAGAUGCAAUGACGCUUAUGUAUCUUUCUACAGCCAACAAUAAACGCUUUGAUGCUAUAGAUAUAGAUCCGUAUGGCUGUCCCAAUCGUUUUCUAGAUGGAGCUAUACAAGCUAUCGCCAAUGGUGGUUUACUGCUUGUAACAGCGACUGAUAUGUCAGUCCUAGCCGGCAACACACCUGAAGCCUGCUACGCCAAAUAUGGGUCUGUGCCGUUGCGUUUAAAAUGCUGUCAUGAAAUGGCUUUGCGCAUACUUCUGCACAGUAUUGAGAUGCAUGCAAAUCGUUAUGGCAAAUAUAUUGAACCACUUUUGAGCAUUUCGGUCGACUUUUAUAUACGGGUUUUUGUGAGGGUACACAGUAGUCAAGCGAAGUGUAAAUAUAGCAUGAGCAAGCAGUCAGUAGUUUUUCAAUGCACCGGUUGUGACACGUUUACACUACAAUCGCUGGGCAAUGUUAAAACCACUACCACAACCAAUGGUAAAAUUCAAACGAAGUUUGGCAUUCCCACUGGGCCAAAUGUUAGCGCGAACUGUGAGCACUGUGGUCAUAAGCAUCACAUGGGCGGUCCAGUUUGGUCUCAUCCUAUACAUGACAUUGAUUUCGUCAACGAAUUACUACAUGCCAUAGAGAGAAAACCCCUCUGUGAAUUGGGCACACAACGUCGUUUGGAAGGUGUGCUGUCGGUGGUGCGUGAAGAGUUAUCCGACGUGCCAUUGUACUACGUAUUAGAUAAACUUUGUUGUGUGCUUAAGUUGGAGAAUAUUCCGGUGCUCAAAUUUCGUUCGGCGCUUCUGCAUGCAGGAUAUCGCGUUUCAUUCUCGCAUGCCAGUAAAAAUUCUAUUAAAACAGAUGCACCAGCGGCGGUUUUAUGGGAUAUUUUGCGCUGCUGGGCUAAAAUACAUCCCGUAAAGACGGAUCGUAUGGUAGAGGGUACAGCACUUAAAGCUAUACUGGACCGUUCACCCCAAACAGAGUAUAUUUUUAACGACCUACACCCCGAGGCGAAUCCCUACAGUCGUCGCAAUGCUCUAACGCGCUUCCAAGCAAAUCCAACUGCGUAUUGGGGUCCUGGCACCAGAGCGACCAUAAUGAUUGGCCAAGACAAAGCAGCAAAAAGUCAUCGUAACCAAAACAAGAAACAAAAACAAAAAGGAAUUCAUCCGGAUCGCACACUUUCUGAGAAAAGUGAUGAAAGCAAAAGUAAACAACCAAAAUGGGAAGCGUGAUGUACUUAUUUGCUUUAUUUAAAUUUUUGUUAUGAUUGAAUUGUAAUGAAGGAUAAAUAUUUUUAAUAAAUUUGGACAACUUCUGGUUUUGGUAUAUAUCAUGAA